AUGAUUAAAUUUGUUACUCUGGGAGAAUAUGGCGAUAUGUAUCCAAUCACUCCGAUCGGUCGUAUUCUUUCAUGUUUAUGUGCAUUAUUUGGUGCUGCGACAAUGGGUAUGCUUAUCUCUGUUCUUGUCGAUCGUUAUCAACGUGUAUACAAACGAAAGAAAUUCUUACCACAAGAUGAAGCAUCAUUUAUUGAAACGAUUGAAGAUCAAAAUCAUCAAACUGAAGAUAUUAUUUUGACAAGAGCAUCAUUAAAACAUCCACAGCGUGAAAAACGCACUGUCUCAUCGACGAAUAUGUAA